CCUCCGGGGCAGGCCUCGCCUCGCCGCCAUGAGCGGGGCCGAGGCGGCUGCCAGCCCGGCCGGGCGGCGGCUGCGGGCGUACACGGCGCUGCCGGUGCGGGUGGUGGAGGAGCACCAGGACGUGCUGCCUUUCAUCUAUCGUGCCAUUGGUUCAAAGCAUCUUCCUGCCAGUAACAUCAGCUUUGUUCAUCUUGAUUCCCAUCCAGACCUCCUUAUCCCUGUGAAUAUGCCUGCAGACACUGUAUUUGACAAAGAAGCACUUUUUAGUGAAUUAAGUAUUGAGAACUGGAUUAUGCCUGCUGUUUAUGCUGGUCAUAUUUCUCAAGUUCUGUGGCUUCACCCACCAUGGGCUCAGCAGAUCUCAGAGGGAAAACACAAUUUUUUAGUUGGGAAAGACAUAUCAACAACUACAAUCAGGGUUACAGGUACAGAUGAUUACUUUUUAAGUGAUGGUCUUUAUGUCCCUGCUGAUCAGCUAGAAAACCAGAAGCCUUUAAAUUUACAUGUCAUUCUCAUUAAUCCUACGGAAACAUCAAACAACCAGGAAGAAAAUGGCGAAGUAAUAUCUGCUAAGAGACUGAAGCUAAAUACAGAUGAUACAGCAAACACUGUUGCUGCCUCUUCAUCAGUGACUCCUGGUGACCUUGAUCACAGCUCCUCAAGUGUGAAGGACAAGGAAGUACAAAAUGCAAGUGCCCUGAACAGGGCAGAAUGCUCCACUUCAAGCUCUCUCAGAAAUGGUGAAUGCUCAAUAAGGGAGGUUGCUAAAAAUAUCUGCCAAGUUCUUCAGAAAGGGGAUGCAUUUGUUUUAGACGUUGACUUAGAUUUUUUUUCAGUUAAGAAUCCGUUCAAAGAAAUGUACACACAGACAGAGUAUAAGCUCUUGCAACAGUUGUACAACUUCAAGAAGCCUCAUAAAGAUGCAACAGAGGAAGGCUUGCUGGAUUGUGUUGAAAACCGUGUUCAUCAGCUAGAAGAUCUGGAAGCAGCAUUUGCAGAUUUGUGUGACAACGAUGAUGAAGAAACCCUACAGAAGUGGGCCUCAUAUCCUGGAAUGAAGCCCCUUGUUCAACUAGUUCACAGUUUGAAAAGCAGGAUGGAGAGCCCAGACUAUGAAAUGGUCCAUCAGGCUGGUCUGACCUGUGAUUAUAUGGAGCUUCCCCACCAUGUUAGCAUGGAAGAGGAGAUUGAAAGCCUCAUACAGUCCACUAAAGUUCUACUGAAAAAUAUGCCUAAGCCCACGCUUGUGACAAUUGCUCGAUCAAGUUUGGAUGACUACUGCCCUUCUGAGCAGGUUGACAUCAUUCAAGAGAAGGUUCUCAAUUUACUAGGUUUGGUGUAUGGCACUCUGGAAGUGCACUUAGAUUACUCAAGCAACUCUUUGUGACGUUUCUUCAUAUAUUGCUCUCUAAUGCAGUAGAUUAAUUUAAAUUGCAUAUUUGCUGUGGUUGCAGGGGAAGAAACACUCUUAUUUCAGCAGAUGGCACUAGAACCCAAGCUGACCAAGAGCUAAUUUUAAGUUGCGCUGCUUUCUGUCAGCUGCAUCUGAACUGUUACCUGUCUCUAUGAUUGUUAUUUUUGCUGUUUUGCUUAUUUUAAAAAUUGGUGCAAGAGAAACUGUUUGUCCACAGAAUGUAUUUUUUCACCUGAUUUCUUGAAGUGUGUGUAAAAAAAAAAAAUAAAAUAAAUCUAAAAAUAAAUGGAUUUCUUUUAUAAACU